GGCCACUUUUUUUUUUACACUACAACAAUGAACUUAGUUUUCAUUAGCCUAAAACCUGACUAGGCAUCAGCACCAGUGCAGGUCAUGCUUGAUGCUAAUCCUCAGUCCAUGUACACAAGGUUUCUGCUGAGGUGCAGACCUGUGGAUUAAGGAGCAGGCUUUAAAAGCGCCUCCUUGUCAUCUAUUACCUCCGCUCUUUUAUUCCCCUGCAUUCUUUGCUUCUGGAGCUGCAAGACAAAGACGCAUCUGGCACAAUGACCCAGAAGGUGGUACUCAUCACAGGCUGCUCCUCUGGGAUUGGCCUCACCUUGGCUGUCCGCCUCGCUAAAAAUGAGAAGAAGAUGUUUAUGGUAUACGCCACCAUGAGGAACCUGAAUAAGGGUGAGGCACUGGUUGAAGCAGCAGGUCGGACUCUGGGCAGGACCUUGGAGAUCAAACAGUUAGAUGUAUGUGACGAGAACUCCAUCAAAGCCUGUGUGGACAACCUCCCUGAGCGCAGGGUGGACAUUCUUAUAAGUAAUGAAGAAAUGGGUCUGAUUGGGCCCAUCGAGUGUCAGUCCAUUGAUGAGAUGAAGAUAGUCAUGGACACCAACUUCUUCGGGCUUGUGCGGUUGCUGAAGGAAAUCCUACCUGACAUGAAGAGAAGGAAAAAAGGUCAUAUUGUGGUGAUAAGCAGUGUUAUGGGCAUUCAAGGUACUUUAUUCAAUGACAUCUAUGCAGCAUCCAAGUUUGCAGUGGAAGGUUUUUGCGAAAGCUUAGCAAUACAAGCCCUGAGGUUUAAUCUCAACAUUAGCCUGAUAGAGCCUGGUCCAGUGAUAGCUGAGUUUGAACGAAAAGUAGUUGAAGAGGGUUUGAAGACUGAUCUCAGCAAAGCUGACAAAGUGACCGCUGACAUGUUCAUGAACAUCUACAUGAAGAACCACAAGCAAAUGUUUGAAACCUUUGGGCAGACCACUGAGGACGUAGCAGAGCACACUCAUCAAAUCAUCAUUAUGAACAAUCCCCCUUUCCGUCAUCAGACAAACGUGCUUUACACCCCAGUGACCACACUCAAAUAUGUGGAUCCCAACAGCGACCUCACAACUGACACAUUUUACAAAAUGGUUUUUGAACACAACAAGGUCUUCAACACCAGCCUGAACUUCCUCAGAUUUCUGCGCUGGAGAAGAUGA